AUGAUCUCUUUCACAAGCAAGCUCAUGGCAUAUCUUGAGGAGCUUUUACCUGGUCUCACACCUGAGGUGUUUAGAACACACAAUGCUUCUCUUGUUUUGGAAACAAUGUUGAGUGAAGAGAUGGGAGAUGCUGAUGUCAAUCAUAAAGAGGUUCUUAAAGAACUCGAAACAGGUUCAGGUGGAGAGAAGGCUAGAAACCUCAAUCCAAAAGCGUGGCGGAAGAAGAUUCAGCAAACCAAGUUGAAGAUCAACCAGAUGGAGAGACAAAUGCGUUUUGAGUUUCAUACCAAGGUCCAUGACUCUUCAAAUUUCAUGGAUCCUAAGAUCACGAUUGCUUGGUGCAAGCGUAAUCAAGUACCAACUGAAAAGGUACUCAAUGAGUUUCUUAUGGAGAAAUUCCCUUGGGUGAUGAAGGGAGAAUCAGACUUCAAACACAAUGCGAGUCAGCCCCGCUCCGUUGGUCAUGAGACUGCAAUGAACACGGGGUUUGAGUUUGAUUCGGAUUUAGAACUUGCCGGAAAUGGAGCAGUUGAGCCAAUAUGA